UUUUUUUCGAUUCGUUUGUGGAGGAAAAAUCGAUCACCAGAACAAUGCACCAGAACAUGGAAUGGUCUAUUGUGUUGUAGAGGUGAAUUUUGAUUUUCAUUGGGCAGAGACUGGUUCUUCUUUAAAUGCUUGUUCCAACCUUUAUUCAGGAAAGAGGGCUUUUAGUGAGCCUGAAUCUAGAGCACUUGCUGAAUUUUUAAAGAAUAAUAAUGAGGAGGAAGGAGAAAGAGUGUUUUAUGCUUUUGUGAGUUUUUUCUAAAAAUAUGAGUUAGGUUGAGGAGGUUUAUAUGGAAGGGGUGAUAUAGUGAAUAAUGGAAAGCAACUUUGACCGCUUCCUCACAUAAAAAUGAUUCACAGGAUAUCCUGC